ACCCGGAUCAGCAGAGCCCAUUCGGAGCGUCUCUAUUUUGGGCGCGUCGCAGGAGAUCUUUCUUGAGUCUAUCGGAUUUUUAUGAACAGGAAUAUAGUUGAAGUUGUACUAGACCUAGGUACUACAACUACGUCAAGCUGGAUUGUAAGAAAGGACUCUUGAUGUUGAUCUAUCUCUAACAAACACCAAAGACAGCUAGUACGCAUUUAGUUUUACUAGUACAACUGGACCUCCAACAAACACAGCUAGCACAGCUACCUACUUUAUAAUUAUUCUUAGUAUUUAGUUGUAGGUUCUAAGUUUCAGCUACUUCGAAGAAGAUGAAGAGUCGAUUGAGGAUGCAGUUGCGAAAAAAGCGAACACGCCUCUCAUGGACGCAAGAGACCUGAAGAAAUCACGUGGAAAGCGCUUUUUUCAACAACGCAGAUUAGGGCAUCGUCAGAAAAGAACUACCAAAAAAUCGACUGGGACGAUAGAAGGAGUAACUUCGAAGAGUGAUGAAAGAUCUGCCACAUCAGUCACAUCGACACCACAACAGCGAGUAAGCGAAAACAAGGAGGAUCUCUACUCCGGUGCAGGUGCAAACAAAGGCGCUGACGCUGCGUCUUCGAGUACGAUAGGAGGCGAAGAUUGGGAGGACUACGAAUCCGCCCAUCAUGUGCAUGUUGGACUCGAAGCAGGUGACGAUGGCAUUUUGGAAUUGGACGAGCACGAGCUCCUUGGGAUGGAUGAUUUUGGAGAGGACGCAGAUGAAGGCAUUUUUUAAGGCUUCCUCGUCCAAUCCAUCGAAAGAACAAGCAUCUUCUCGUGCACGUGUGCAAUGAGAAACAGGACUCAACAAAGUGGCCUCUUAGGUAGUAGUAGUUAGGUCGAACUACGACAGAGCCGCACCAAUGACAUUAUCUUCGAGAUGGCUAAUUCUUCGAGAUGUUGGAUGAUUUCCUAAGGUGAUUGAAUUGAUUCUACUAAGUUUUGAACGAUCAUGGCGAAGAUGGUUUUCAGAUCACUGACGAGAAC